AUGGUUUAUACGGGUUUAGGACAGCAGACGGCUCUGAGACGAGGCCUUCUCUCUGUAUCCGAGUUGGAGGACUGGAUGGGCGAGGAUUGUCCCCAGCUGGAUAGACAAACUUUAAUACGAUUCCCUCCAGAGGUUGCGGAAACGCUGAGGCAGCGGUUGCACAAUGCUGCAGCAGCAGCAGCGGCAGCAGCAGCAGAAGGAAUCGAUCCCCCAGAGCCCGGAGCAGCAGCACUCGGCCUCACCAUCAUUCCAAGACCAGAUUACAACUACAGGGCGUUUGACGUCAAGGUCGGCGUGUUGCGUUCGCUUCCACAACCAGUCAACCAGCUACCUGGAAUCAGCUAG